CCUUUUUUGGCUCAAUAAUUGCUUUAGCCUGCAAAAUGUGGUAGACCAAUUUGUUCUUCUUUAAUCUCCUAACUACCUUUUUUAAACUUUCAGUCUUAGACUGAAAAUGCAAGACAAUUUUAAAGACUAAAAUCCAGUGUCUAACCUUCUUCAUACAGCUUUUUGCUCUGGUUCUGAAAGCUGAUAAAGAGGUAAAGGAAGCUGAAUGCUGCGUUUUGUAUGAUCCAAGACAGGAAGAAAUGAAAGCAGUCAGGCAAUACCCUGCCUUUAUGAAGGCAUAUUUCCCUCCAGACAGCAAGCAGAGCUUGAAACUUCCUUCCUCGUUCACAUCAUUUCUGAAAAGCUCACUGCCAGACAAGGUUUUUCUCAAGAAUCAUUACGAUGAUAAGAGAAUUUGGGCUGUGGAGGUAGCCAAAAUUGAAAAUGAUCUCUUUUUCCAAGCUGGCUGGUCACAGUUUCUUGCAGAAAAUUGCUUGGAGUUUGGAGACCUUCUAGUUUUUCAAUACAAUGGGGGUCAGGAGUUUGAUUUCAAAAUACUGGGAAAAACUGCAGACAAGAGGGAGGUAAUUUAUGCCUUUGACUUCAGUUCAGAAGAGCAGCAGGAAGAAGAGUAUCCGCAAGAAAUGGAAAGUGAGAAUAAGAGCAGGAGAGGUGCUGUUGGAUUGAAGACUAAGAGCAAUUCUGACAGUGGUAGACAGGAAGAGUUUGAAGAGGUAUCUUCCAAAAAGAAACAAAAGAGAGACUUCCGUGGUUCUGCUGCACGAAAGAGAAGUCUCCAACGAAGAGAAAUCUCUGAGAACAAGGCUGGCAGAUCAAUCAAAGCCUGUGGGAAAGGUGUCCAUUUCAUUGAUAACACUGCUGAUGCGGAAUUUAAAUCAAGAGAUGAUCGGCCUAUAACUCCAUGUUUUGUGGCAAAAGUUGAUGAAAAGAGGUCAAAUCUAGUGCAUGUUCCAAAAGAUUUGUCACGGCCUGUGGUAUUUAUCCUGAACAAACUAUGACCAUCCUUGAUCCUGCUGGGAACAAAUGGACCACAAAAGUUAAGCAGUGGCAAGAUGGACGAUUUAUCAUGGCUGGAAGCUGGAAAUUUCUGUUCAUAAGGAAUGGUAUGCGCCAUAAGGACUCCUUCCUUUGUGAGUUUGCUCAAGGUGCAGAUCCAAGUGAAGCUUUGAUUAAAGUUUUUAUCCUCAUCGGAAAAAAUGACUCUAGCAGUUCAGGUGCUGCUGAGCCUUCUGAAGCUUGAAAUCCUAGAGUUUUGGAAUCAAGAAAAGUAGUCGUCAAAUGUUAAAAGUUAGUUUGCAGGUGAUAAUUCAGUUAAAACUAUGUGCAACUUGAACCUUGUUCUAA